AAGCUUUCGUCGAAGCGUAGGUUCGAGGGACUUGGAAAACACCACACUCUCCCGCUCGCUCUCCGCACGGUAGACUUGGUCUUGCUAUUGUCCUCACGCGUGUUCACUUCUACAGUCCAUUUUACUUAGCCUAGUGGAUAUCCUCCUCAAAGGCCUUUCUCUAUAUAUCUCUCUCUGGUUUUCUCUUUCUUUGUUUCGGGAGCUAUGGCGAGUGCUUGGAUUGUAGAUGGACCAGGAAUCGCAUCCAAAGUGAAGAAUGCUUCUCUGUCUUCAGCUUUGCAGACCAGAGACUGUGGAGCUUCUAUCCAAUGCCCCAACUGCUAUCACCGCAUUGACAACACCAAUGUGCUGGUUCCAUGGCCUGGCCUUCCUAAAGGUGUCAAGUUCGAGCCAACUGAUGCGGACAUCAUCGAGUUUCUGGAGGCUAAAUGUGGGAUCAGUGGCUCAGAACCACACGUGCUCAGCGAGGAGUUCAUUCGGCCAGUCACUGAAGAUGUUGGAAUCAAUUACACUCACCCUAAAAACCUUCCUGGUACAAACAAAGAUGGAGUAAGUGCCUUCUUCGUUCACAAGACUGUGCAAGCAUACGGAACAGGACAAAGGAAACGCAGGAAGAUCACACCCACGUGCCUCAACGAGGAGCCAGUUCGCUGGCACAAAACAGGCAGAAACAAACAUGUGUUCCUCAACGGAGUGAAAAGGGGCUGCAAGAAGAUAAUGGUGCUCUACAAGAGCGCUAGAAAGGGAUCAAAGCCUGAGAAAUCGAAGUGGGUUCUGCACCAGUACCAUUUGGGUACGGAAGGGAAUGAGAUAGGAGAGUAUGUUGUCUCAAAGGUCACAUAUCAGAAGGAGAAAGUAAAGGAUGAAGGGGAGAGUUCAGGGGUUAGAGGUGGCCCUGGCCCAACUACACCCAUGACAAAUACUCCUACACCGCCUAGACCUGUAGAUGGUGUUGCUGGAGAUGGUCAAGCUUUUGAUGAUGACAAGAUGCUUGAUCCAUUCUAUGAGGGACUGGACAGCAUUCCAGAAGCUGCUUUGUGGUCGAAGAAAGCUAGAAGGGAAGAAGAAGAAGUGGGUGUAAACCUCAGUGAAGAUAACUUAACAUGCAAUGAGAGCAUUGAAGCUUCUUCAUCUCUUUGGGAGAACAACCAGAUUCUCCCCAAUCCUAGCCUCGGGGAAUUAGAUGGUUUCGCGCUUUCGGAUCUAGAGAAUGUAGACUUGGGGUCUCCCCCUGAUUUCCUCACUUUAGCUUCUCAGGAUAGCUUGAUGAAUUGGAUGGGAUGGCUGUGACUGGAUUCUUCUUGCUACUAUAUUAUUGCAAGAGACGACGUUUUAUAUCAGAUAAAUGCUGCAGAAGAAAGAGGAUGAGGCAAAAGCAUGAAUGUGUAUUAAAGGAAGGAGAAAACUUUGAAGUCUGGUGGCAAGCUCAAGUCAUAUCUUUGUGAGCAGUUUUACUUGAGCGAAUUCCCAGGCUACAAAAGUUUACUCUCGGAUCCACGGAAAGUUACUUUGAAUUUUCCGGGGAAUAAAUAAUUUCAAUCUCUCGAGUGUUUCACUUGUUUGUAGUUCGGAAAGACAUGUUUGUGUACUACUUUACUUUGCUUGUGUGUUGUGGUCACUCUGUUUUGCUUUGGCUCGAGUCUGAACAACUGUUAUAAAUAUCCA